AGCCUUUUUCGUGCCGGAUGGACCAGCAGCACGUAAAUAUGCGGGGGCGUGUGAACGAGAGCAUAAAUUCGACGACGCGUAGCUCCUUUAGCACAGACGCCACUACACUCUGUCCCGUGCGAGAUAAUUUAAAAAAAUCUAAAAAUGUGUGACGACGAAGUAGCUGCUCUUGUCGUAGACAAUGGAUCUGGAAUGUGCAAAGCUGGUUUUGCAGGUGACGAUGCACCCAGAGCUGUUUUCCCUUCAAUUGUUGGUCGCCCCCGUCAUCAAGGAGUGAUGGUUGGUAUGGGUCAAAAAGACAGCUACGUCGGAGACGAAGCCCAAAGCAAGAGAGGUAUUCUUACUUUGAAGUACCCCAUCGAGCACGGUAUUAUCACAAACUGGGAUGAUAUGGAAAAAAUCUGGCACCACACGUUCUACAAUGAAUUACGUGUAGCUCCUGAAGAACAUCCAGUCCUCCUUACUGAGGCUCCACUAAAUCCUAAAGCGAACAGAGAGAAGAUGACCCAAAUCAUGUUUGAAACAUUCAACAGCCCGGCCAUGUACGUCGCUAUUCAAGCUGUACUGUCUCUCUAUGCAUCUGGUCGUACGACUGGUAUUGUCUUGGAUUCUGGAGAUGGUGUCUCUCACACUGUACCCAUCUACGAAGGUUACGCUUUACCUCAUGCCAUUCUUCGUUUGGAUUUAGCUGGCCGUGAUUUAACUGACUACCUAAUGAAGAUUCUGACUGAAAGAGGAUAUUCCUUUACCACCACAGCUGAAAGGGAAAUCGUACGUGACAUUAAGGAAAAACUCUGCUACGUAGCACUUGACUUUGAACAAGAAAUGGCUACAGCAGCUGCCAGCACAUCUCUUGAAAAAAGCUACGAAUUGCCUGAUGGACAGGUUAUCACCAUCGGUAAUGAGAGGUUCCGUUGCCCUGAAGCUUUGUUCCAGCCAUCUUUCUUGGGUAUGGAAUCUUGCGGUAUUCAUGAAACUGUAUACAAUUCCAUCAUGAAGUGUGACGUCGACAUCCGUAAAGAUCUUUAUGCCAACAACGUUCUUUCUGGAGGUACAACUAUGUACCCUGGUAUUGCUGAUCGUAUGCAGAAAGAAAUUACUGCUUUGGCUCCUUCUACUAUUAAAAUUAAAAUUAUUGCACCUCCUGAAAGGAAAUACUCCGUAUGGAUCGGUGGAUCUAUUCUUGCUUCCUUAUCCACUUUCCAACAGAUGUGGAUCUCCAAACAAGAAUAUGACGAAUCUGGUCCUGGAAUUGUUCAUCGCAAAUGCUUCUAAAUUAUUUUAAUCUAUAAUUUUCAUCACAGCUAUUUAUGUUCAGUUUUUUUAGUAUCUUACAAUUUUUGAAUACUCCAACGAAUAUAAAAUAAACUUUUCAUCAAAAGAUCUUCAAAUUUUUCUCCUUGGCAAUACACCUAACUAUUUUGUAAACAUCAAUAAUGUCAUCUUUUGUAUAUAAGCUUAUACUUAAAGAAUAAACAUCAUUUUAUGUGAUAAUAUAAAA